UGACCCUCAACUCUUCCUGUGUCCUCUUUGUAGGGAGAGACUCAUACAUGGAACAUUCAGCUAGGGACAGAGGAGGCUCAAGCCCCACCUGAGAGGUUAAAAGCCAAGACUGGAGGUAGGCACUUCAGAGGCGGGGACAAGGCAUUGCUGAGUGUGCUCUUAGGAGACACAGGCCUGCCUGGAAGGACGGGCGGCUGGCACUGCUCCUGCCUCCUGCAGUGCCUCACAGGUGUGCACCACCAACAGUGAACAUCUGGACUAUUCUUUACAGAACCCUCCCCUCUUCUAACCUAGGUGCUGAGCAAUGAGAAUUAGGUGAGCUGGACCCCAACCCCUCUUUCCAGGGUGGGUCCUGAUUGGCUUGAGCCAGAGUAUUCCAUCCCCUAGUCACAGAUAUUUGUUCAGAAAUGGAUCUGUCACCCAAUUCAAGCCUCUGAGAUCCAGGGCCUCCCAAUUCUUGGGAAAGAGAGUCUGUCUUCUCUUCAACCCUGCAAAGUAAAGAAGUGAGCCUAUUGGUACAACAGUGUGAAUGGCACUGAGAGGGACGUCAGGCUGGCAGGAGCCACCCUGUGGAGCAUGAAGAUAAAGGAGGCUUUGAGAAAGGCAAAGGAAAUCCAGACCUGUGGCCUGUGGUGACACUAUUUGAGCUGCUAGAUCAAACCUCACCUAAAAUCCUCUUCCUGCUGCAUUUUUCAGUUAUGUGGCCAAUUUAGUCUUUUUUUUUUUUCUGUUUAAUUUCUGUUGAAAUUUCAAUUAUUUACAACACACACACACACAAAAAACAAAGUUGACGGGCUGGGGAUGUGGCUCAAGCGGUAACGUGCUCACCUCGCAUGCGCGGGGCGCUGAGUUCGAUCCUCAGCACCACAUAAAAAUAAAAUAAAGAUGUUGUGUCCGCAAAAAAAAAAAAAAACAAAGUUGACAUUGAUCAACAAAGCUCUUUGACCAGGAGCUGCAGUCAGUCAAAGCGAAAGAGGAGAUGGUCUGCAGUGACUUUAGGUGCAGUUGAUCUAGGGAGAAAGAAAAGCAACCCCCCUGCUCCAUCCCACAACUUCAAACAACCUCUGUCGAGAUCUGUGUACAAAGCACCAUGCAGUUCAGUCUUCCUCAGUGCUCACACAAGAUACCUCCUAGGCCGAGGGUCUCAGGAGAGGAAAUAAGCCCAGUCAUCACUGGGGUAAGGAGGUAGGACAGGUUUUCCUAGAAGACGCACUACUUUAAAUGGGGCUGCUAGGACAGGAGAAUGUGGAUGAUGGGGACAAGGUAGGACAGUCUAAACCAAGAGAAUGGCUGGCACCAUCCAGGACAUGGAGCAUCAUCCACAGAAGCAGCUGGGUGAGAGGGAGGCCUCGAAGGCCUUACUGAAGUGGCUCUGACAGGCCCAGUUUCUCCCGGCAGGUAAUGAGCAGUCUUCCUACCUGGGGCAGAGUGGUGCUGUGGACAGUAACCAGGCUUGGUAUCCGGCUCUGAGAUCGGGCAGUGGGGACGAGGCCCUGCAGGGACAGCAGUGCUGAAGCAGUGGAAGUGCUGCUGACUGGAUCUGAGCCACCCGCAGGGAAGGAGCUGGGCUCAGCUCAGUAUGCAGAAGGCCAGCCAGUGGCAGGAGGAGCUCCCUUUUGAGCACACACCUCUCAGCAGCUGCCUGCCAGGGGCUCAAGGUUUCAGAGCUGACCUUGCCCAGCUCUCUUCUCACAGGCCUUGGCUACAGAGCAUUGUGCCCCCUCCCAGAGCCUCCAGGGUCACUGUGGUUAUAUACCCUCUGACCCACCCCCAGCCCUGAGACUGUGACCCUGAGUUUAGCCACACAGUUGUGUGAAAACACCACAAUUAGAACUUGCUUUCCUUCUGGCAGUCCAAGGUCACCCAGGGAAGGAGAUAGGAGACCAUCCAUGGGUUCUGAGCCCACCCUGCCCCCAGGCCCCAGGCCACAGCCAGCUCUACAGAGACUUGAAGAGUAAAUGCUGAGUCUCUGGUUUUAUAGGAGACUCUCAUUUACAUAGUCAUUUGUAGUUCCAGGUCCCCCACAAAAAGGGAGGACUUCAGAAAGUAGCCUCCUGGGCUGGAGGGACCCCCCACCCCAGGCCCUAGCCAGGUUGGCUGCACUUCUUCCAGGACCAGGAAAGCAGAGCCACCUUCUGAUGAUGCCCUGUGUCUAUGGCUGUUCCUGGGAUGGGUGAGAAGGCUGCUGGCCAGCAUGAUCCUCCCAUGCCCCACCCUUCAGGUGCUCCCCAAGAGGCCCUUUGGGGUGCAGGACGGCAGUCCAGAUAGGGAAGUGGGUCCACAGGCUUCCAUCCAGAGGCUCUGCCCAGACUCUAGCACCCUCAUGAUGUUCCCGCCAGAGGCCAUUUCCAAGGCCUCUGUGUCCUGAGAACUAGAACCCCCUGAUGACAGGGAAAGCUGCCAGGGGAGGGGGGUGGCAGAUGAAGGAGGAGACCCCCAGCAAUGGGCCUGGAGCAUUCUUGAGCCACCCCCUCCCUUCUGGGCCACUCCCUGAGGCAGGUGGGAGGACAAUGCAGCCUGUGUGCCAUUAUCCCUAGCAAGCAGGCUCAAGAGGAGGGCUAUGGCCUGGCCCCAGCUCCACCCUAGGCCUCUCUGGUGCCUCUUCCCUUGCUGCACAGCCCUUACUAGCUGCCAUCUCCAUCCUUGGCCUCCUCCCCUGACCUGGACAUCGUCAAGGUGAGCAGUCCCUGUUUCCCUUCCACCUGCCCUGAUCAACCCACAGAGCGGAGGCCAAUCUGCUGUGGUCAAAAGACUGGUAGCAGGGGCUCUGAGAAGAUUCUGGAAGGUGGGGUACACCAUUCAAGUAGCAGCCAGGACUAGAUCUUACCUAGCUAGGCUCCAAGCCACAAUCCCCACCAACCACAGAGACAGUGUGGCAGGUAGGGCCCUAGACUCCUGGCAGAGGGAACAUCAGGACACACACUCCUCCCUAACUCCAUGCCCCACAAUUUUCAGGGUCUGGGAAAUGUCCAGAGGCCACUUGUCACCAAAGGGCUGCAGGUCUGGUGUCCAGUCAGCCCCAUAAUCCCCAGGAGAUCCUUGGCUACAGGAUACCUGCAGCCAGAGGCCCAGCCCCUGAGCUCGAGUCCCAGUCCAGGUCCUGCCAUGGCUUCUGAGUACGAGAUGGGCCACAUCCGCCAGCUACAGGCUCGGCACACGCAUAUGCAGGAGAAGACUUUCACCAACUGGGUCAAUAACAUCUUUCGGGUCGGCCGGGUGGGCAUCAAGAUCCAAAACCUGUACACAGAGCUGGCCGAUGGCACUCACCUACUACGGCUGCUGGAGCUCAUCUCUGGAGAGGCCCUGCCGGCGCCUAGCCGGGGCCGCCUGCGUGUGCAUUUUCUGGAGAACAACAGCAGAGCUCUGGCCUUCCUCAGGGCCAAGGUACCGAUACCCCUCAUUGGGCCAGAGAACAUCGUGGAUGGAGACCAGACACUCAUCCUAGGACUCCUCUGGGUGAUCAUUCUGCGUUUUCAGAUUUCCCACAUCUCCUUGGACAGGGAGGAGUUUGGGGCCAGUGCAGCCCUGUUGUCAGCCAAGGAAGCUCUGCUGGUCUGGUGCCAGAGGAAGACAGCCGGCUACCCCAACGUGGGCAUCACUGACUUCUCUCGCAGCUGGAGCAACGGGCUGGGUUUUAAUGCCCUUAUCCAUGCCCACAGGCCAGACCUGCUAGACUAUGGCUCCCUGCGUCCAGACCGCCCACUGCACAACCUCACCUAUGCCUUCCACAUGGCUGAGCAAGAGCUGGGCAUUGCUCAGCUGCUGGACCCUGAGGAUGUGGCCAGCCUACAGCCAGAUGAGCGCUCCAUCAUGACCUAUGUCUCCCUCUACUACCACUAUUUCUCCCGCCUACACCAGGGGAAGACUGUCCAAAAGAGACUCGCUAAGAUCCUGCUUCAGCUCCAGGAGACCGAGGUGCUACAGACCCAGUACCAGCAGCUCGUGGCUGACCUGCUCCACUGGAUUACAGAGAAGCAGGCACAACUGGAGAUGCGGAACUUUCCAGACUCACUGCCUGCCAUGCGCCAGCUACUGGUAGACUUUGCCUCCUUUCGUGCUCAGGAGAAACCACCUCGGCUGCAGCAGCGAGGGGCCACAGAGGCCCUGCUCUUCAAGCUGCAGACAGCACUCCGAGCCCAGAACCGCAGGCUCUUCCUGCCUCAGGAGGGCCUCGGCCCUGAAGAGCUGUCCCAGCGCUGGGCAGGGCUAGAGCGAGCAGAGGCUGCCCGGAGCCAGGCCCUGCAGCAGAGGCUACUACAACUGGAGCGUCUGGAAACACUGGCCCGUCGCUUCCAGCGCAAGGCAGCCCUCCGGGAGAGCUUUCUAAAGGAUGCGGAGCAGGUGCUGGACCACGCCAGAGCCCUGCCAGCCAGCCCAGCCACAGUGGAGGCAGCCACCCAGAGGUUGGGCAUGCUGGAGGCUGGCAUCCUGCCCCAGGAGGGGCGCUUCCAGGCCCUGGCUGAGAUCGCAGACAUCCUCCAGCAGGAACACUACCAUGACUGGGCAGAUGUGGCCCACAGGCAUGAGAAGAUCACACAGCGCUGGAAAAGACUCCUUCAGCAUCUACAGGAGCACAGGAAGCAGAUGACAGGUGUGCAGGCUGUGUUAAGCCUUCUGCAAGAGGUGGAGGCUGCCUCUGACCAGCUCCGGGAGCUGCAGGUGCCAGCCAGCUCCAUGACCUGUACACAGCAUCUGGCAGAAGUAGUGGAGCUGCUUCAGAGACAUGACCUGCUAGAGGCCCAGGUCUCCACCCAUGAGGCCCAUGUGAGCCAUCUUGCCCAUCAGACUGCAGAGCUGUACUCCUCCCUGGUCACCAGUGUAGAGAUGCUGCAGGUCAAAGCCAAGGCUGAAUCAUUGGCCCAGCUCUACCAGAACCUGAUGUCUCUUGUCAGGGACAGGCGGGCUAUGCUGGAGCAGACCCAACAAUGGGCAGAAUUCCUGAACAACUGUGAGGAGGAGGAGGCCUGCUUGAGAGAACUUAGACAGCAGGUGGAGAAUUUGUCCCUGGGAGGGGACCUCAGUCAGAUCUCAGUCACCCUGCAGAAACACAAGGCCCUCGAAGCCAAACUCCACCGCCACCAGGCUGUGUGCGUGGACCUCGUGAAGAGGGGGUGCGACUUCAGCGCCCGCGGAUCCUCGACGCAGCCGGAUCCCAGGGAGCGGGCCGAGGCCGUGCAGAGAGAGUGGCAGCUGAUCUGGACUAGGUUGGAGAAGAGGGGUUUGAGGCUGCACACAUCCCUGCUUUUACGGCAGUAUUUGGCUGACGCUGCGGAAGGGGCUGCGUGGCUGCGCGAACGGCGGCAGGAGCUGGAGACUGCGUUUUGUGGGGAGGACCAGGCGGCAGCCGAGGCCAUGCUACUGCGCCACCAGCGACUGGAGCGCGCCGUGCGCUCCUUCGCAGCCGAGUUGUCCCGGCUGGACGAGCAAGCGCGGGCCGCCGCAGCUCGGGCGUCACUCAGGGUGCGCGCCAAGAGUGGGCAGGGACUUAGACUUGUGCGCCCAAGACCAAAUGAGGAGCCCUCAGAAUGCUGGAGCAGGAUUGAUGAAGAGACAAUUGGGAGACCCCAGAAUGGGUCCCAAAUCUUAGCAACACCAGCCAGCCAGCACCCAUGCCCCCAGGGCCAGAUGCACUUUGCCUCCAAAGAAGUGGCCCUGGACACCCCUGAGCUGAAGGACUGGGGAGAAUGCCAAGCCAAGGUGCCCAUCAGCCAUGGCAUGGAUCAGGAUCCCCAGGUGGUGUCUUCCCUGAGCCCUCCAGGGAAAGGUCCAAGCAUGGCUCUCUCUGAUGAGUCUGACCUUGAUUUUGACCCCAACACCAUUCUCCAGACACAGGACCAUUUAAACCAGGACUAUGAGAGCCUGCGGGCUCUGGCAGAGCUCCGCAGGGCCCGGUUGGAGGAGGCAGUGGCUCUCUUUGGCUUCUACCACUCCUGUGGGGAGCUCCAGUCCUGGCUAGAGGAGCAGACUGUGCUGUUCCAAAUGCUGCAGCUGCAGGCCAACGACUUGGAAAUCAUGCAGUCCAAAUAUAAGAACUUCCUCUUUGCCCUGGCUGUGAGAAAGGGCCACUGGGCUGAGAUCAACAGCUCUGCUGAGCAACUGAAACAGAGAUGUCCUGGGGACUCCACAAAAAUCCAGCGUCAACAAGAGGACCUGCACCAGAGGUGGGGCCAGCUAGAGGCCCUGAAGAAGGAGAAGGGCCUGCAGCUGGCACACAGCAUGGAAGUGCGCAGUUUUCUGCAGGAAUAUGGACACACACAGGCCCAGCUGCAGGACGUUCUACUCCAACUGGAGGCCCUGGAGCUAGAGAGCUCUGAGGCCAGUCACUGUGCCCUGCAGCUGAGCCAGCAGAAGGUCCUGGUUCUGGAGAAGAGGAUCCACUACCUCCAGAGAGUAGCUGUAAAGGUGGAGGAGUUAGGCCCUGCAGAGAGCCAAGGCCUGCAGGAACAGAUGGGGAUGCUGCAGGGCCUGCUGAAGAAAGCACAGGGGCAGGUGACCCAACAGAACCGGGUGCGGGCUGAGGCUCGAGCCUGGCAGAGCUUCCUGAAGGAGAGCCAGCAAUUGCUGCUGUGGGCAGAGGGUAUCCAGGCUCGACUGUGCCACGAGGAGGAGUUGGUGGAUACAGCCUCAGGCCAGCGGCUGCUGAAGAAACAUGGAGAGCUGCAGGAGGAGAUCCACCUGCAGCAAGAAAGGUUACAGCAGCUGGAAGCUCAGGGUAUGACCAUGGCAGCCUUGGACUCCCCACAUUCCCAAGAGGUGGCCAGUGCUCUGCGGCUCCUGGGCCACUGUGGCCAGGAGCUGAAGGCUGCAUGGGAGCAGAGACAGCAGAGGCUGUGGGAGGGACUGCAGUUGCACAGGUUUAGCCAAGAAGUGGAUGGUUUCAUUGCCACCUGUGCCAACCAUAAGGCCUUCCUGUGCCUGGACAACCUGGGGGAAGAUGUGAGGGAGGCCCAGAGCCUGCUGCAGCAACACCAGGCCUUUGGGUGGCUCCUGGGAACCCUGCACCUUCAAGCAGAGGCUCUGCAGGCCCAUGGCAAGAAGCUAGUUCAGAACAAACAUCCUGCUGCACCCAGGGUCAGAGAGAAGCUGCAGAGUGUCCAGGUACAGUGGACCAGAGUCCAGGAGAGGAGUGAGCAGAGGAGAGGGCAGCUGCUGGCUUCCCUCCAGCUUCAGGAAUGGAAGCAGGACGUGGUGGAGCUGAUGCUGUGGAUGGAGGAGAAGUGGUCAGUGGCAGCACGUGAGCCCUCCCAAGUACCCAGCAGCAUUCUGCGGAAACUCAGGCGGCAUGAAGCAGUUGAGAGGGAGCUGAUAGCCACCCGUGGGCAUAUGGAGGACCUGCAACAGGCUGGGAGAGAGCUAUUGUGCAGCAUUCCGCAUGCCCAGGAAGACAUACAGUCCAGGCUUCAGGGCCUGGGGCACAAGUGGGAGGAGUUGAAUCGCAAGAUGGCAGAGCGUGGGGAUGCGCUUCAGCAGGCUAGACAGCAGGAACAGCUCCUGGGACUGCUGCAGGAUGCCAAGGAAAAGAUGGAGCAGCUAGAGGGAGUCCUGAAGAGUGCAGAAAUGGGGUCCAACCUGUGUUCAAUCCGAAGGCUGCAGAAACAGCAUUGCCAAUUGGAGAAUGAAAGGCAGGCACUGGGCAGCAAGAUGGCUACCCUCAUCUCCCAGGCCCAUAGUGUGGUCACUUCCCAGACCAUCCUAGAGGAGAUCCAGAAGUACCAACAGAGGUUCAAGUCCCUGCAGAGCCAUCUGGCCACCCAGUGUCUACAGUUGCAAGCCUCAGUUGAGCUGUAUGCAUUUGACCACCUGAGCAACCUGGAGCUCACAUGGGUGGCUGAGCACAUGCCCAGGACCAGCCCUACCAGCUACACCCAGUGCUGGGAUAGUGCCCAGAGCCUUCAACAUAAGCACAAGGAACUCCAAGCAGAGUUGAGAGCCCACCAAGGGCAGGUGCAACGGGUGCUGUGUUCUGGCCAGAACCUUGCAGCUUCUGGGCACCCCCAUGCUCAGCGCAUCAGGGAGCAGUGCAAGGAGCUGGAAGGCUGUUGGGCAGAGCUGGAGCAGGCAUGUGAGGUGCAGUCACACUGCCUGCAGCAGGCCAUUGCUUUCCAACAGUACUUUCUCCAUGCAUCAGAGCUGGAGGGCUGGGUAGAGGAGAAGCGGCCACUGGCAAGCAGUCAGGACUAUGGCAGGGACGAGGCAGCUACCUUGGAACUCAUCAGGAAGCACCAGGUGCUGCAGGAGGAACUAGCUCUUCAUUUGAGCUCCAUGGAGAAACUUGACCAGAAAGCCCAAACCCUCUCUGGUCCAGAGGCCCCUGAGCAGCUGGGGGUGAUGCAGGAGAGGCUCCGGAAACAGUUGUGGGUGCUACAGGAGCUGGUAGUCUCACGGGGUCGAGAGCUGGAGUGGACCCUGAAGCUGCAUGAGUUCAUGAGGGAGGCUGAGGAUCUGAAGAGUUGGCUGGCCAGCCAGAAGCAGGUGGCCAGAAGGGAGGAGAGCCUUGGAGAGAACUAUGAGCACGUGCUGCACCUCUGUACCAAGUUUGCAAAGUUUCAGCACCAGAUGGAGAUGGGUGGCCAGCGGGUGGCAGCCUGUCAGCAGCUGGCAAAGAGCCUGCUGGAACAUGGCCACAACACUGCCCACAAGGUCCAUCGGAAGCAGCAGGAACUGCAGGCUGCCUGGUCAGAGCUGUGGGAGCUGACCCAGGCUCGAGGCCAACUACUCCAAGAUGCCAAGACCAUCCUCAGAAUUCAUGGAGAUCUGCUGGAAGCCCUUAACCAGGUCCAGGAGAAAGCCAUGAGCCUCCCCAGUGAUGUGGCCCAGGACCUACAUAGGGUGGAAGCCCAACUGAGGAGACAGGAGGGUCUCGAGUGUGAGCUUGCGCUCUCUGAGCAGCAGCUGCAGAAACUGCUGGAGGCUGGAGAGAGGGUGCAGAAGCUGUGUCCAGGGCCUCAGGCCCGUGCCAUGCAGCAGAGGCAGCAAGCUGUGACACAGGCCUGGAAGAACCUGUGGUUGCAAGUGGAGCAGCACAGGGCCCACCUGGAGCGGGCAUGCCUCCUGGCCCGCUUCCACACAGCAGUGUGGGACUACACUUCCUGGGCAGCCAGAAUGAAGCAGGAACUGCAGGCAGAAGAGAGCUCCCAGGGGCCCAGCAGCACCCUGCUCAAGCUCAAGACUCACCAAUGGCUUCAGGCAGAGCUGGAGUCCCGAGAGGAGCUACGACAUCAGGCCUCCCAGUUGGGCCAGCAGGCACUUCUGGCUAUAGGGACACCCACCAAGGAGGUCCAGGAUGGGCUACGAGCCCUGCAGGAAGAGCGAGACCAGGUGUUUCAGGCCUGGUCACAGAAACAAGAGAGGCUACAGGCUGUGGAGCAGGAAGAGCUCCUCCUCAGACGGUGCCAGCACCUGGAGAAGAUCCUCAUGGCACAGGAGAUAUCCCUGAAAACCGGUGCCCUGGGCAGCUCGGUGGAAGAGGUAGAACAGUUGAUCCAUAAGCAUGUAAUCUUCCAGAAGGUGCUGACUGCCCAGGACAAGAAGGAGGCACUUCUGUGUGAGCAGCUGAAGGUGCUCCCAGGCACCAAGAGACAGGACUUGCUUCACAGCAUACUGGAGCACCAGGCUCUAGUGAAGGAGCUAGCAGAGAGCCGAGGACAUGCCCUGCAGACCUCCCUGCUGAUAGCCAGCUUCACCAGGGCUGCUGCCCAGGCUGAGGACUGGAUUCAGGAGCGGGCACAGCAGCUGAGAGAGCUGAUCCCUCCUCGGGACCUGAAAGAUUAUUUGAAGCACCUCCAGAUACACAAGGCCUUUGAGUCUGAGGUCCAGGCCCACCAGGAGGUCAUGACUUCAGUUGCCAAGCAGGGGGAAGCUCUCCUGGCACAGAGCCACCUUCGGGCAGGAGAGGUUGCUCAGAGGCUACAGGUGCUGCAGAAGCACUGGGAGAAGUUGAGGCAGGUGGUGGCUCUCCGGGGCCGGGACCUGGAAGACAAGCGGAACUUCCUGGAGUUCCUGCAGAGAGUGGACCUUGCAGAGGCCUGGAUCCAGAAAAAGGAGGUGAUGGUGAACACGGGUGACCUGGGCCAGGACCUGGAGCACUGCCUGCGGCUCUGCAGAAGGCUCCGUGAGGUCCAAAGCGCCACGGCCAGGGACACAGUGGGUGACACCUACAUCAGGAGCAUCAGUGACUUAUCACUGCAGCUCAAAAACCAGGACCCUGAGGAGGUCAAGACCAUCUGCCAGCGACGAAGUCAGCUCAACAACAGGUGGGCGAGUUUCCAAGGCAACCUGCUCCAGUAUCAGCAGCAGCUUGAAGGGGCCCUGGAGAUACAUACAUUGUGCAGAGAGCUGGAUUACAUCACUGAGAGGAUUGGGGAGAAGGGAUCCCUGAUCCAGACCCUAGAGGGUCAGAAAGAUCUGGAGAGCAUUCAGGAGCUGAUGUGGAAACACAAGGUGCUGGAGCAGGAAAUGGGCCUCAUCCAGGUUCAGGUGGAGUCCCUUGAGCACAAAGUGGGCCACCUCUGCCAGAGAAGACCUGGGGCAGCCCAUGGCCUCAGUCACAAGAAGCAAGAGAUGAUGGGCAGCUGGUGGCAACUCCAGAGCAGAGCCCAGAAGUGGAAGGAGUUGCUGGAUGCCCUUCACCAAGCUCAGAAGCUCCAGGCACUGCUUCAGGAAUUGCUGGUCUGGGCCCAGAGGCUGCGGGCUGAGAUGGACCUGCAAGGUGCCCCUUGCAGCCCUGCAGGAGCCAGACACAUGCUAGACGAGCACCAGGCACGCAAGGCUGAGAUAGAUGCCCGGAGAGACAGCAUCAGUCUGGUUCAAAGCACCGGGCAGCGCCUACUUGCAACUGGGCACCCAUCAGCUCCUGGCAUUCGGCAGGCCCUGGCUGCUUUAGAACAGGAGCUGAGUGGCCUGCAAGGAGCCUGGCAGGAGCACCAGCGGCAGCUGCAGCAGGCCCUGGAGCUGCAGCUAUUUCUGAGCUCUGUGGAGAAGGUGGAAUGUUGGCUAUACUGCCAGGAAGUUUCCCCAAUCAGUGAGGGUGUUGGGGACUCUUUGGCCAAUGUGGAGACCCUCCUAUGGAAGCACAAGAGGCUUGAGCAGGGCCUGAAGGUACAGAUGGAAAAGAUCAGCACACUGGAGCCCACAGCCCACAGCCUACAGCAGGGUGGACAGCCAGAGGCCCAGAGUGCCCUGACCAAGUGGCAGGCCAUGCUCCUGAGGAAAGAAGCACUGGUGGAGCGAGUAAGGACCCGGGGUCGUCAGCUGGAGGAGUUGCAGCAGCUGCAAACCUUUCUGCAGGAUUCACUCGAGCUGGCCACGUGGCUGAGGGAGAAGAACCUGGUGGCUUUGGAAGAAGGUUGGCAGGACCCAGCCAAGCUGCAAGCACAGUUACGGAAGCAGCAGAAUUUCCAGGCUGAGCUGGAUGCGAGUGUUCCCCAGCAACAGGAGCUGCAGAAGGAGGGGCAGAGACUGCUUCAUGGGGGCCACCCAGCCUCAGAGACCAUUCAAGAGCGGCUGCAGGAACUGGAAGAGCUCUGGGCUGAGCUGCAGGCCAACUGCCAGAGGAAAGUCACCAAGCUGCAGAAGGCCUGUGAGGUCCUAUAUCUACAGCAGAGUGUAGAGGAGCUGGAGAGCGGGCUGGAGCCCAUUGAGGGCCAGCUGAAAGCCCCUUUCACAGGCCAGAACCUACCUGGGGUAGGCAAGCUCCUGGGGGCACAGGGGGAACUGGAAGUAGCCCUGGACAUGCAGACCAGGCAGGCUGAGGCCCUUCUGGGUCAGGCCCAGACCUUCAAGCGGGAUGGCUACUGCCUCGCCAAAGAUGUGGAAGAGCAGGCCCAACAGCUGCUUCAGAGGUUGCAGAGUCUUCAAGAGCCCCUGCAGGAGCGCAGGGCAGCCCUGGAGGCCCAGAGCCUCCUCUUGAAGUUCUUCAGGGAUGUUGAUGAGGAGAUGACCUGGGUGCAGGAGAAGCUGCCCUUGGCCACUGCCCAGGAUUAUGGCCAGAGCCUGAGCGCUGUGCGGCACCUUCAGGAGAAGCACCAGAACUUGGAGAGUGAAAUGAGCAGCCACAAGGCUCUGACCCAGGUGGUGGUAGGCACAGGGCGUAAGCUGGUGCAGGCUGGGCACUUUGCUGCCCAUGAGGUGGCCGCCCGGGUGCAGCAGCUGGAGGCAGCCUUGGACCAACUGCAAACAGAGAUGGCACGGAGGAGGCUGCUGUUGCAGCAGGCCCAGGAGGCCCAAGAGCUUCUGAUGGAGCUCCUGGAAGCAGGAUCCUGGCUGGCUGAACGGGGCCAUGUCCUUGACAGUGAGGACAUGGGCCAGAGUGCUGAGGCCACACAGGCCCUUCUGCGUCAGCUGGAGGCCACCAAGAGAGACCUGGAGGGAUUCAGUCAGCGCAUGAAGCAGCUGCAGCGGUCAGCAGCCCUUCUGGACAGCAGGCAGAACCCAGACAGCCCCAAGGUGCUGGCUCAGCUGCAAGCUGUGAGCAAGGCCCACGUGCAGCUGCUCCGGAGGUUGGAGGGCAGGGGGCAGGGCCUGCAGGAGCAGCUACAGCUCCACCAACUGGAGCAAGAGACCCUGCUCCUCGAUGCCUGGCUGACCACCAGGGUGGCCAUCGCUGAGUCCCAGGACUAUGGGCAGGACCUGGAGAGUGUCAAGGUGCUGGAAGAGAAGUUUGAUGCUUUCAGGAGGGAAAUCCAGAGCCUGGGGCAGGUCAAGGUGCAGGCCCUGAGGGAUCUGGCAAGGCCCCUGGAGAAAGGAGCACCCAGGUACUAUCCCCAGAUUCAAGCCCAGAAGAGCCGCAUUGAGGCCACUUGGGAGAGGCUGGACAGGACAAUCAAAGUGCGUACAGAGAACUUGGUUGCAGCCCGAGAGGUCCGUGGCUUAGAAAAGGCAGUGACAGAGCUUCAGGGCUGGAUGCAGGAGAAAACUGCCCUGAUUGAGGGAAAGAUCCAUAGCCACUGCGUGUCAUCUGUGCAGUCCUUGCAGCCCCAGCACAGGCGCCUGCAGAGAGAACUGGAGGCUAUCAAAAAGGAGUUGGCACGGGUACAGAUGGAAACCUGCAGACUGGGCCAGUGGCACCCUGAGGCUCAAGAGGGCCUGGCCAAGCAGUUGGCCAAGGUGCAGAAGGCCUGGGCCACCCUGGAGGUGAAGGCGCAGGAGUGGGACCAGCAGUUGGCACAGGCUGCCCAAGGCCAUGCCUUCCUUGGGCACUGCCGGGAAUUAUUAGCAUGGGCUCAGGAGAGGAAGGUGCUGGUGUCUUCCCAGGAGCUGGCUGGGGACAUGGUGGGGACUGAGCAGCUUCUUGGGCAGCAUGAGGAACUGCAGCAAGAAAUCCAGGAACAUUGCCUUCAAGCCCAGGACAUACAAAAGGAAGGGCAGAAAAUGGUGGAAAAUGGCCACUUUAUGUCCCUGGAGGUGGCAGAGUAUCUGCAGGACCUGCAUUGGCAGCUGCAGGAGCUCCAGGCAGAGUGGACCCUGUGCCAGCAACGCCUCAAACAGACCUGGGAUCUGCAGAAGCUGAGGCAGGGUGUGGAGCAGGCAGAUGCCUGGCUGGCUUCCAGGGAGGGCCUCUUGCUGGAGCCCAGUUUUGGGCGCUCAGUGUCAGAUGUAGAGCUGCUGCUCCACAGACACAAGGAUUUAGAAAAGCUGCUGGCAGUUCAGAAGGAGAAGUUUGCCCAGCUGCAGAAGAUGACAGAGGAGACAAAGAGUACCCCUGCCAUGAAGGGGUCUCUCGAGCUUAAGCAGCAGCUCCUGCCUGGGGGGAAGGUGCAUGAUGCCAGCUCCUGGGACAGUUGCUAUGGGGCCUUGGAAGGCAGCUCUCUGAGGUUGUUCUUGGAUGAGAAGAUGGCAGUGGAGAAAGUGGCUUCCACUGUCCCCCUUGACCUUGAGGGAGCCCAGUGUGAGAAGAUGAAGGACCACCAGGGCAGGAAGCAUGUGUUCUCCUUAAGGCUGAGCAACGGGGCAGAGAUCCUGUUUGCAGCACCAUCUGAAGAGCAGGCUGAGCGCUGGCGGCAAGCCCUGGGCAGUGCAGCAGCCCAGAAUCUAAGCCUGGAACCCAAGGCCAGACUCCUGGCAGAGAAUGCAGCUGCUUUGCUCAGAUAUGACUGUCACCUCCCAGAACCUCACUCCACUUCGGCUCUGCCUGCCCCAUCCUCCACAUUGGGCCAGACCCAGCAGAUGGCCAGCUCUGCCACAGAGGCUGUAUAAGACCUUUCCUGCUCCAGCCUGCCCCAAGGG